UUUCUCGCUGCGGUGCGCAAAACAAAACUCGCGUUGCACAAAAAUAGUCGGUAAUCCGGAUUCGUUUCGGCAUUUUAUUCGGUUCCAAGACGCGUAAUCAAGUGCUAGUCGGGUGAAAAUGUCCUCCGGGCGAAAGUGUAACAAUUGCGGGAGUGCCGAUAUCGAGGUGGACAACGCCCGCGGCGAUGCCGUCUGUACCAAUUGCGGUUCGGUGCUGGAAGACAAUAUUAUCGUUUCGGAGGUUCAAUUUGAAGAAAAUGCUCACGGGGCGUCGAGUGCGGUGGGUCAGUUUGUGGCGUCCGAUUCCAAGGGUGGGGCAACGGCCUACGGAAAGUUCCACGUGGGAACCGGAACUGAAUCGCGGGAAGUGACGCUUCGAAAGGCGCGGCAGGGUAUAACGCACCUGUGCCACCAACUGCAUCUCAAUAACCACUGUAUCGAGACGGCGUGCAACUUCUUCAAGAUGGCCCUAAUCCGGCAUCUGACCCGGGGUCGCCGGAACACUCACAUCUAUGCGGCCUGCGUGUACAUCACGUGCCGUACCGAGGGAACUUCGCAUCUUUUAAUCGACAUCAGUGAUGUUCUGCAAAUUUGCUGCUACGAGCUUGGCAGAACUUACUUGAAAUUGUCGCAGGCCCUCUGUAUCAACAUUCCCUCGAUAGAUCCCUGCAUCUACAUCAUGCGCUACGCCAACAAGCUGGAAUUUGGCGAAAAAACCCACGAAGUUUCGAUGACGGCCCAACGGCUGGUCCAGCGCAUGAAGAAGGACUCGAUCCAUUCGGGACGACGCCCGUCGGGCCUUUGCGGUGCCGCUCUGCUCCUGGCAGCCCGGAUGCACGAGUACAGUCGCUCACCGAACGACAUCGUGCGCAUCGUGAAGAUCCACGAAUCGACGUUGCGCAAACGGCUGGUCGAAUUCGGCGAAACCCCGAGCAGCGCUCUGACGCUGGACGAGUUUAUGUCGGUAGAUUUGGAGGCCGAACAGGACCCACCGGCAUUCAAGGCGGCUCGCAAAAAGGACAAGGAAAGGCUUCAAAAAUUAACAGAAACCAGUCAGGAGUUCAACCAACUUCAGGCGGAAAUCGAUGCUGCUCUGGAGCGGGAACUACACCGGACUACCCGCAGAAGACGCAAACUGAAGGGCGAGGAAAUCGAUGAAAUGCGGGAGACAGAUCAGUUCAUAAGCGAAUCCACGAUUGACGUGAUCAACGAGUGCUUAGAGGAAGAUCCCGACAACCCGUCUGGGUCGGUCAAGAUCAACGGCCGAAACAAGCCAUCCGUUCCGGAGGGGAUGAAGCCUGAUUUGCUCGCCAUGUGCUCCACCACAAAUCUAGAGAAACGGGAAAUCAUGAAAGCUGAAACUAUGGAUGAUAACGGAGAUUUGAUCACAGACGAUUUGGAUGAUGAUGAAAUCAACGGAUAUAUUAUGACGGAAGAUGAAGCGCAGUACAAAGAUUUGAUGUGGAACCGAUUACAUGCCGAUUAUUUGAAGGAAAUGAAAGAGAAGGAAGAACGAUUGGCCAAAGAACGGGAAGAAGGUAAACCGGAGAAAAAGAAACGUAAAAUCUUUCGUAAGAAAGCGAUUGGCCCUUCAAACUCGGCCGGUGAAGCUAUCGAGAAGAUGCUGCAGGAGAAGAAAAUAUCCAGCAAAAUCAACUACGACAUUCUGAAGGCUUUGACAGAUAGCGCAGAGCCUAAGGCACCGGAAGCGGAAACAUCGGUGGCCGAAACACCAGAAACGAGUGAAGUUGACGUGCUAUCGAGAAGUCGCAUCAAACCGGAAUCGGCCCUGGCCAGAAACUCUCGGGCGCCUACAGUCAACUUCGCAGGCUCCAGUCGGAGGAAACCGGUGGCCACGGCCACCCUACCAGUGGUCGAUAGCACUGAAGAAGACGUUAAACCAAUCAUCCAUGAGUCGGGCGCUCCGAAGGUCGAACAAGCAGAGCAAAAUAUUGACGACUUCGACGAUGAAGGGGAACUGGAGCCGGAGCCUGAACCAGAACAGCACGAGCGUUUGGGCAGUAUGUUGAAUACGGGAGAUGAUGACGACUUUGGCUAUGGAUACGAGGAGGAUUACUAGAACCGUACAGUUAAGAUACGGUUUUUAAUUGUUUUAUAUACAUACCUACUUACAUUUAAUCGAGCUACCAAUAUUACAAAUUGAAAUCUUAUCUCUUGAAAUAUAUUGAUGUAUGAAAAUUCCA